ACUCAAUCUGAAUGUGACCUCAGUCCACCUCAGACUGGAGAGCGGCUUUAACUCUCACCGAGACUCUCCGUGAGUUUCCACUGAAUCCUCCGUGUCAAAGGCGAGAUCUGUGACUCUUUUACAUCGCUCGGACCUUUGGCAGCAGCAUGUCUCUCCCGCAGCUCGGCUAUAAGUACAUCAGACCGCUGUACUCCACGGAGCGGCACGCGGCGGUCGGCGGUCGCGUCGGCGCGGAGCUGAACGCGUCGGGCUCUCUCUCCAGCGUCCUCUCCAGCAUGUACGGAGCUCCGUUCGCCAAUGCGCAGGGAUACAGCGCUUUCCUGCCCUACUCCAACGACCUCUCCAUACUCAACCAGCUGGGCUCACAGUACGAGUUUAAAGACAGUCCUGGGAUUCAGCACGCAGGGUUUCCUCAUGCGCCCUUCUACCCGUACGGACACCAGUAUCAGUUCGGUGACCCAUCCCGACCCAAGAACGCCACCCGCGAAAGCACCAGCACCCUGAAGGCCUGGCUCAGCGAACACAGGAAAAACCCUUAUCCCACCAAGGGGGAAAAAAUCAUGCUGGCCAUCAUCACCAAAAUGACCCUCACUCAGGUGUCCACCUGGUUCGCCAACGCCCGCAGGAGACUGAAAAAAGAGAACAAAAUGACUUGGGUUCCCAAAACAAGAACCGACGAGGAAGGAAAUGUGUAUACGAGUGACAACGAGGACGGAGACAAGAGGGACGAGGACGAGGAAAUAGACCUGGAGAACAUUGACACGGAAAAUAUCGAAGACAAGCAGGAUUGUGAUUAUCAGGAGGACGAAAAGUCAGUGUCUAAAGUUUCUGACAGGACUGAUUCUGAUGCAUCUGAGGAAUAUGAUGAUGUGGGAGCUGAGAAGAGUUUUAUGAGCAGUGUUAUGAAUGGCAGAAGAGACUCAGGCGAGGGAGACGAGGAGCAAAUCAAAAAGAGUCCGGCAGCACAAGAGCCCUCGAAUAAUGCGAGUCCACCUCCGAAGCCAAAGAUCUGGUCUUUGGCUGAAACUGCAACGACACCGGACAGUCCCAAAAAGUCCUCGUGGAUUCAGAGGAACUGUGACGCUCAGACAGUCAGGAGUCCUCUCCAUGUUCAGAACUGGACCAAAAUGGCCUUUUCGGCCCAUCAGAUGGCUUUAACCAGCCAUUACCUCGGACUAAAACACCAGACCACCUCAAACAGCCACACACAUGUGAAACAUGGAGACCAGAGGACUCACAACCUAUAGAAACAAAUCAGACAUUUAAAGACUUUUUCAGUUUUUUAUUAUUUAUUUGUUUUAUUUUUCACCUUCCUAAUGGGAGUGUAACACGUCAGAUCAGAGAUAUAUCCAAUUUCUACAUAAAGGAUUCCCUGAAUUUAUAAUAGAUUAAAGCUGUCUAUUAGCUCUUCAAUAUGAGAUUAUAUUAGAAUAUAUUUUAUAUUGCUGACUUGUAAACAUACAUUCCAAUGUGUUUAAUUUGUUAGAAUCAUGCUGUGUUUUUAUCCGUAGGAUGCCCAGUUUUGUCUUUGAAUAACAAUCUUACACCAUUGAAUUCAGACCUAGCCUAUUUUAAAAACAACAAAUUAAUCUAAAUUAAUAGAUUGUACAAUUACAGAAUUAGUUAUCAGGAGUUAUAAUAAAUCAUGGAGGAAAUAGUGCCUAUAUGGGAAUUUUAAAAGUCCUCUAAUCAUGUCACACACACACACAGAAUUAUGAUUUGAGUAAGUGUUGCAUCUACAUCUUUGUCUUAUUUUAGCACAUCCGUUUUAAGGAUUCGCAAUAAAAUUAAACCAGACUUUAUGCUUAUCUUUAAGAAGUGAUUUAACAAUAUGAAUUAUCAUCUUUUAAUAUUUUUGUUUUCCCAAAUGCCUUGGAUCUUAAUCUGUUUGUCACAUUGCAUUUUAUAUGUCAUGUUUUGUCUGAAUAUUUUAAAUGGGGUAAAACAAAUAAUAUUUCAAAUGUUUUGUAAAUGAAAUUAAAAUGUACCUACUUGAAAUAAUAUUGUACAAAGACAUCUAUUUUGAAUAUUAAAUUGAAAUCACAAUUGUCAUAAUGAA